GGAACGGGCCCCCCGCGGCGGCGCGAUGCUGAUCUCACUCUCAUCCUUUUUAUUCAACUUGUUGAAGAAAUCCAAUUCAGCACGAAUCCUCUUUACAUCAUCACCAGCAUCUUAUUUCCAUGAUCUGAGAGGCUUCGAUAAGAAGCAAUUGACAACUGGCGCAAGCAUACAUAAUUACUCAUCAACGAAGUGCCUCAGCAUUGUAUGUUCUGACAUAUUUGCCGACAAACUGAAGAAGUACAAUAUAACAUCUAACGCCUGGCAUCCUAUUGGUGCCACCACACCGAUAUUUCAACGAUGUUUAAACGAGACCAAAGGAGGCGGAAAUAUCGCUCUCGUGUAUCUUGUAUGGUUUGGUGCACGCAUACUGACACCGGAACCUAGGAGAGCAGUACUGAGAGCAGUGUACUUAGCAUGCGCGAAAGAGAUGGAGGGGGUGACAAAAGGGUUUUUCAUGCCUUCAGGAGCAGCACGUAGACCAGCGAUAGCGCUCAACGAACAUUUUUGCCAGGAGGUGUGGGAUUUGUCUGAAGAGGUUGUUCAACUGAAGCGAGAAGAGAAAUUAUGAGUCAAUGUGCUGUUAAUCUAAAACUAAGCUUAUCCGUACUUAUGUAUGUUUAUAAUGAGAGCAAACUGUUGUUCCAUCAUGUUUUCAAAUUCUCAAAAUAAGCUGUUUGCGUCUGUUGACAUAAUUGACGUAAUAUACUUUUUUCUAAUUAUUUUGUAGCACAUAGUUCUCAAAUCGUGGAAAUAAUUUCGAAUCUCUUAUGUUCGAUUAAGGGUUUUUGAAAAGCGCGUUCAUGAUGCGAUGGAAUUAUUGACCAGAAUCAAUGAAAAGGCGUCCUUGAAGUAAUGGAUCUAAUUAAUUUAGUCGAUUUCUUGUAAAAUGUCUCUCAAGCUUGAUAAAAAUUAUACAAUCUGUGUAAGAUGGGCUCCUAAUCUUCAUAUUAAAUCAAGGAAUGCUUCAUGUGUCAUAUGAUUCAACUACAAAAACCUAUUUUUCAUUUGUGUCCGGACACAAAACUUGACGUAAAUUUCAUCAAUAAAAAAGGAUUUGUGAUCUACUUGAUACAUGCACCAAAUCUUAUACAAUAGAUUAACAUGACCCCAUAACUGAGUGUUAGGGGAGACCGGGGCUAGUUGUCACAAUUUUCAGUAAUUCUUUUUUUUAUUC